AUGAAUGAAUUCAGUCCCAUUUCCCUCGGACCACCAACGUUUGACAAUCGCGUGGACGGUUUCGGAAUACAGAACACCACGCCUGACAUUUCAUGGCAGUUUGUCUGCAGUGACCGAGAGAGCAGAGGGUGGAAACAGCACGCCUAUGAGAUAGAAAUUCAGCGAAAUGGAUUACCAGAACAUUAUCGAGUGGACUCUCCUCAGUCCGUCCGGGUGCCUUGGCCAAGCUCUCCUUUACACUCCAGAGAAGGGGUCUUAGUUCGGGUGAGAUCUAUCGGUAGCUCACAAGAUCGUCAGCAGCCUACUCCAACAGAAUGGUCUGCAUGGUCAUCAGUCGAGGUGGGCCUGCUGGAUCAAAGUGAAUGGCAGGCCCGGUUAAUUACUGGACAACAAGAAACCUCUCCUGAUAAACCUAUUCGUCCACUUCUACUCAGAAGGUCAUUUGAAGCAUCUUCAAAUAACGGCAAGAUUCGACGUGCAAGACUUUAUGUUACCGCUCAAGGUGUUUAUCACAUCUAUCUCAAUGGAACGCGCGUGGGCGAUUAUUUUAUGGCUCCUGGAUUUACCUCAUACCGCUUUCGAUACAACUAUCAUAUUUUUGAUGUGACCGAUCUCAUUCUCUUCGAUAAAGUGAAUAUGCUGGCAGCAGAGAUCGGUGAAGGCUGGUUCGCGUCUCAACUGUGGAGGGAGGGUCGGCAGAUCUACGGCAAGGAUAUCGGUCUAAUCGCACAGCUGGAAAUCACAUUCGAAGAUGAGAGCCCACCUCUAUUGAUUACAAGCGACAAGGAAUGGGAAUGGAACGUGGGACCCAUGCUGAGCAGUGAGAUAUACGAUGGUGAGGUUUUUGAUAUGUUGUCGGAGCAGCCUGGUUGGAAGACAGGCUCUCCUGCCCAACCUGGCACACAAUGGACUCCAGUGACUGUUCUUCCUCUUCCCUCGGCCACACUCACUUUGCCUGAGGGACCGCCAGCUCGAGCCACAGAAACCAUACCACCACAGAAGAUUUUUCGAUCUCCGUCUAGAAAGUUACUGUUGGACUUUGGUCAGAAUUUGGUGGGCACACUACAAAUUCGAUCAUUGACGAAGCCGGUUGGCCAUCGUGUGGCAUUUAGACAUGCCGAAGUUCUGGAACGUGGUGAAAUCGGAAUGCGUCCCCUCCGAGCUGCCAAAUGCACCGAUACCAUCAUCUGCUCUGGUAAAGAGCUCAAAGAAUGGUCGCCAAGCUUUACAUUUCAUGGAUUCCGGUUCGUCGAAGUGACCGGGUGGUCUCCAGAAGAUGACUCGUGUCCAUUGACAGCCGAUAAGGUAUGCGCAGUAGUCAUUCAUAGUGAUAUGCCUCGCAUAGGCUGGUUUUCAUGUUCUGAUAGUCAAAUCAACCGACUUCACGAGAAUUCUGUGUGGAGUAUGCGAGGUAAUUUUCUCUGGAUUCCGACAGACUGUCCUCAGCGGGACGAGCGUCUGGGUUGGACGGGUGAUAUUCAAGUAUUCAGCCCGACAGCUAAUUUCCUCUACAAUACAAAUGGAAUGCUGGCCGAUUGGCUAGCUGAUCUGGUCUUGGAGCAAGACGAUGAUAAUGGUGUUCCGCCAAUGAUCAUACCCAAUGUUCAAUUCGCAAAGGAGUCUCGUCCACCCCAGGCUGUGUGGGGAGAUGCUUCUAUCUUAGUUCCGUGGGCCCUUUAUAAGUGGUUUGGAGAUCCAACAAUUUUAAAGAGACAAUACAAGAGCAUGAAAUCUUGGCUGGAUCGUGGCUGCUCACGAGGUGAAGAUGGAUUGUGGACUACAUCGCUUUGGCAGCAUGGAGACUGGCUAGACCCAUCUGCUCCCCCAGAGGAUCCUGGAAACGGCCAAACCGACGGAGUCUUUGUCGCAGAUGCCUACCUUGUUUAUGUGACUGGUGUUUUGAGCGAGAUAUCCGGCAUUUUGAGCGAACCGGACGAUCAGGAACGAUAUAGCGCAGAUCAUGCUCGCCUGAAACAAGCUUUCCAGCAGAAAUAUAUCACACCAAAAGGUAUGGUGAUGUGCGACACGCAAACAUCCCUUUCUCUUGCCUUGAAGUUCUGCCUUUUUGAAACGCAAGCCCAAGUCGCAGCUGCUGGGGAUCGAUUAGCUCGGAAAGUCCGCUUUGCCAAAUUUCGAGUUGCGACUGGAUUUGCGGGUACGCCAAUUGUUACCCACGCACUAAGCAAAACAGGCUGGCAUCAAAUCGCCUACCGCAUGCUUUUGGAAACAAGUUGUCCGUCAUGGCUUUACCCAGUCACCAUGGGGGCUACCUCAACUUGGGAGAGAUGGAAUAGUAUGUUGCCUGAUGGAACAAUCAACCCAGGACAGAUGACUAGCUUCAAUCAUUAUGCUCUCGGUUCCGUUGCCAAUUGGCUACAUGAGAAAAUCGGUGGGCUAAGCAUACUUGAGCCAGGUUGGAAGGUUUUCAAAAUCAGACCUAUUCCAGGAGGAACUAUCACCAGCGCACAGAUUCAGUACGAAAGUCCAUAUGGGCGAAUUAAAUGCUCCUGGACUUUGGAAGGCUCAGCCUUUUCAAUGGCUAUUUUAAUUCCUGUAAAUUCUUCUGCGUGGGUCUUUUUGCCAGACCAGGACGAUGAGAAGCUUGAGAAUGGAGUUCUUUUGGAUUCUGGUCAAUAUGAAAUUGGUUGUAUUUUUGACAGCGGACCUUGGCCUCCUCAGCCUUUGGAGACUUUAUUCAAACCACCAGCGAGGAAGAUAAUUGAAUGA